GUCUGGGUCGUUCAUUAGGUACCGAUGCUAUGAGCGCCUCGCCAAUCGGAAGAGACUCCAGGAGUCAUCGUGUCCGAGCACCACCGGCAAUUCUUCCUGGAGAUAUUAGCAGCGCAAGAGGACCAACAGGAGGAGGAGCACCUGGACCAUGCAGACUUGACCGAGCGCCUGGCGAAAAAAGGCCCUGCUAUAUUGAUGCACUACAAAAGCGACAACAAGAUCAACAAAACCUCCCAGGAGGAUUCCUAGCUCCUUCUAGUUUUGAUUGUAAGAGUGACGUUGAAGUCGAAAUAAACAGAGAACCAGGACAUCAACAGCAAGUAUUUUUAAGGGAACCGAGAGAGCAUCCACCUCAGGGCAG